AAAGUAAAAACAAAAAACUCGAAAAUUAAGCUAUCCUAAAACAUGAGAUAAAAUCUGUAUAAUGGAAUUGUUUGAAAAGAAACAAACUCCUUAUAAUAAGCAUAACAAUAGAAGAGUAUUAAGGGCAAAAAUUUGAGUCUAUAAAUUUUAAUUUUUGUUUCAUUCAUACUUCAAAAGUAUAACACAAAAAAGAAAUAGAAGAAGAAAAAAAUGGCAGUAGGUGGUGGAAUAGGGCCAACAAAUGGCAAGGCAUAUCCGGGAAAUCUCACAUCUAAAGUCUUAGUUACUUGUAUUGUUGCUGCUAUGGGUGGUUUAAUCUUUGGUUAUGACAUUGGAAUUUCAGGGGGAGUGACAUCAAUGCCUUCAUUUUUGGAGGAGUUUUUUCCUGAUGUAUAUGCAAAAGAAGUACUACUCACAGUAUCAACAAAUCAAUAUUGCAAAUUCAACAGCCCAAAGUUAACAAUGUUUACAUCAUCUCUAUAUUUGGCUGCACUUUUUGCUUCAUGGGCUGCUUCAAUAGUAACUAAAGUUAUGGGAAGAAAAAUGUCUAUGCUUUCUGGUGGAGUUCUUUUCCUAAUUGGUGCUAUUGUCAAUGGAUUUUCCAAAAAUGUUGCUAUGCUCAUUAUUGGUAGAAUCCUUCUUGGUUGUGGUAUCGGUUUCGCUAAUCAGUCUGUGCCAGUGUACCUAUCGGAAAUGGCACCCUAUAGGUAUCGUGGAGCAUUGAACACAGUCUUUCAACUUUCAAUCACAGUUGGAAUCUUUGCAGCAAAUCUUCUGAACUAUUUUUUCGCGAAAAUAGAAGGUGGGUGGGGUUGGCGUUUGAGUCUAGGGGGUGCAGUUGUACCCGCAUUGAUAUUCAUUAUUGGUUCGUUUAUCCUCCCCGAUACACCAAAUUCUUUAAUUGAACGUGGUAAAGGGGACGAAGCCAAAUCAAGGUUGAUGAAAAUUAGGGGAAUUGACAAUGUUGAUGCUGAGUUCAAUGAUUUGGUUGAAGCAAGUGAAAGAUCAAAACAAGUGAAAAGUCCUUGGAGGAAUUUGUUGAAAAAUAAACAGUAUAGGCCACAAUUGAUAUUUUCUAUGUUGAUUCCAACAUUUCAACAGUUAACUGGGAUGAACGUUAUCAUGUUUUACGCGCCUGUUCUGUUUAAGACUAUUGGUUUUGGAGACACUGCUUCACUUAUGUCUGCUGUCAUUACUGGUCUUGUCAACUUUAUUGCUACUUUUGUUUCACUUCUUACUGUUGAUAGAGUUGGAAGGAGAGCUUUGUUUCUUGAAGGUGGCAUACAAAUGUUUGUCUGUCAGAUUGUUAUAUCGAUUUCGAUUGCACUAAAGUUUGGAACAAGUGGCGAUCCAGGAAAAUUACCAAUAUGGUACGCAGUAUUUGUUGUGACAUUCAUCUGCAUAUACGUGGCGGGUUUCGCGUGGUCGUGGGGUCCACUAGGGUGGUUAGUCCCUAGUGAAAUUUUCCCCCUUGAGGUCCGACCAGCUGGUCAAGCCGUAAACAUGUCAUUCAACAUGAUUUUCACCAACUUCAUUGCCGAGAUCUUCACAGCAAUGCUAUGCUCUUUCAAGUUUGGACUCUUCUUAUUUUUCGCGUUUUUCGUCGCGAUCAUGACAUUAUUCAUCUAUUUCUUCCUCCCAGAAACGAAAGGGAUUCCAAUUGAUGAUAUGGGUGCAAUUUGGAGUAAACAUUGGUAUUGGAAAAAAUAUGUUACCAUUGAAAAAAAUGACGAUACGAAAAAAUCAACAGAAAAUAAUUCGCAAUCACAAGUGGACGUGGUGGAAAAACAAGUUUAAAGCAUGGAAUAAGUAGAUUUCGUUAGGUUAUUUAGUUUUUUUUUAUAUUUUUUGUUUCUAGUUUUAUGUCUGCGUUAAUUAUUUGAUUUUACUUGUGUUUGUUUUUUAAUUAUUUGCCAUUAUAAUUGUCCUUUUUGUUUUAUUCGGAAUCAGUUAAAAUUUAUCAGUUAAAGGAAAUAAAUUUGGUCGUGUAAUGGUUUAUUCGAAUUUAAAGUUUAUAUUGAUUUAAAUUAAUUUAAGAUAUUGAUAUUUUGAUUAUUAAUCGUUAUUAUGAGCUAACAAAUUUUCUCUUGUUCAAGAGCAAAUCUGCUAUCUAUAAAUUUUUCAAUUCAUUUUUAUACCUCCCUACUAUUUACACCUACCCAUAUACAUUUUUGAGUAGGAUUUGAGUUUCUUAUUAAAUACUGUAUUAUGUACUAUCGCUAAUCAAUAUAAAUAUUUUCUUUAGAAGUAUAUUUUUUUUAAAACCUAAUUAUAUCUAAUAAAUUUUACAUCAGUAAUGUAUAAAAUUUAAACUCGAAGUAAUUCCUUCAUUGUCGUUCUCUCUUUUUCCUUUUUUUUUUUUAAAAAAAAACUUUUGGCAUUGAAUUUUUAACAACUAUCUAAAGUUACUGUUUUAGUUCCUAAAAUCGUACUACCUACAAAUUUUCUAUAAUUGGCAACUGUCAAUAAUAAAAUUUUAUGUCAAGGGGAAUGUAUUCACUUAUUCAAAUAUUGGACUUUAAUUUUUUAUUUCACAUAAGUAUCACAUUUCUUUAGGAGUAAAUAAUAUUACUGUUUAUUACAUGUAAAACACAACUUUAUUUUUUAAUACUGUUCAAAAAUCCUACAAGGUAUUAUUGAAAUUAAUAAUGCAGCCUCAUUUGAUUAUUUAUAAUAUUUUAUUGUAUGACCUAUUUGGUAGUUGCCAUUUAAGCAGUAGUCAGACUAUGAGAUUGUCAAACCAAAUUUCUGAGAAAAUAUAUUUGAAAUUGAUUUUGAAUCGAAUUGUGUCCAACUAUAUAAUGACUUAAAAUGAUGAUUUCAAAUUAAUGAAUGAUAUUAUCUCAAUUAUCGUUAAAAGUAUAUUUUUAGUGGCACUUAACAUUCUUUUGUAAACUUUUGUAAAGUCUAUAAUAACAUUUGAUCUAAUGACAAUUAACUAAUGUCAGUAAAAG